AUGACCAUGUCUGCGGUACACCCUGUCCUGAGAGCAUCAUCUCCGAUGCCAUAUGUUUCUUCACCCCUUGCUGCAUCGUCACUGAACGCCCCGUCUGGCUCGUCGAGAGCGUCGCCUAUGCGACCAUCAUUCCCUCACUCUCGCCCUUUGCGACCAUUCGUUUCAAUAUCACAAAACACCUCGUCGCGUUCUUCAAAAAAACCUGUCAAGUUCAUAGAACCACCAAAGAACUCCAAGACAGUCUUUGUACUUGACUUGACCCAGGGAGAACUGAGCAGGCAGGAUUGA